AUGAAGCUUCCAGAGCCGAUGUCAACGAUCUGCAGGAGGGUAAGGAUUGCCGUGCGGGAUCCGGAGCUGUGGGAAUCUAUCCAAGUUGAGAAUCGCGAAACGAACUACAAGAUGCAUGAAGUGAGGACUGCCAGCAGGCCGGCUCUCGCCGACAUCUCUGGUGGUGGGUUCUUUAUCAGGAGAGUAGAAUCGCCAGGAGCUGUGCUAGUGAAAGGUGCUGUCAAGCCGCUGGCUCGACAGGCCCUGUCACCGUCAAGCAACAAGGAGAAUGUACCACCAGUGGGAGCUGUGAGGGGUGCACCAAAGAGGAGCCCCUUGCCUGACUGGUACCCGAGGACCCCACUCCGUGACAUCACAUCAAUCGUCAAGGCAAUUGAGAGGAGAAGUCGUCUGCAGAAUGCUGCAGCUCAGCAGCAGAUCCUGUGGACAGAAGAUUCUUCCCAAUCUGUGGAUCCAAUAACUCCAGCACAGGCAGAGCAGGGUGUGCCAACAACUGAGGGAGGUCAAGCUGUUGCAAGCCCUGCAACUUCUUUGGAGGAUGGCAAGCUGAAGACAUCUUCCUCUCCAUCUGACUGCUCCUUGCAGGCCACUCCGUCCAAACCAAAUGAUCCAGCUCUCACAGAUCUCAUGGAGAAGAAGCUGUCCAACUCGAUAGAGCAGAUCGAAAAGAUGGUGAGGCGAAACCUGAAGAAAACUCCGAAGGCCGCUCAGCCUUCCAAGAGGACGAUCCAGAGGCGCAUCCUGAUGUCCAUGCGAUGA